AUGGGUUCUGGUUCCUCCACUGCCAGCAGCGAGGUUGCAGGACCAGCCCAACUCGAGGACAAGUACUACCCGGCCUGGAUCAAGGAGGCGGAGAACCUGAAGGACCUCACAGGCCAAGUGGCGCUCAUCACCGGGGUCUCCACCUCCUCCGGGCUCGGCUUCUUCGUGGCCAAGGCCCUCGCCUCCAAGGGCGCGCAGUGCGUGCUCACGGUGCGGAACCCCGAGAAGGGCCAAGGCGUGAAGGACGAGCUGGAGGCCAAGCUGAAAGAGGAGGGCAUCACCGCCAAGCCGGUCGUCGUCAUGAAGAUGGACAACUGCGACUUCGCGAGCGUGCGCAGCUUCACUGACGAGUUCCAGAAGCAGUUCGAUCGCCUGGACAUCGUGGUGAACAAUGCCGGAGUCAUGGGUCUGGACGCGCAGAUGACCAAGGAUGGUUUCGACAUCCAGAUCCAGACGAAUCACCUGAGCCACUUCCUGAUGACAGCUCGGCUAUGGCCCUUGAUGAAGGCCACGGCGGAGAAGUACGGCUCCGCGGCCAUCUCGCAGGUCUCCUCCGGCGCGGGGGAGAAGGGCGGCCCCACGAUUGACACCGCGAACUUGAACAACCCGCAUCCAUCCCAUGGACUGCUGCUAUACGCGGCCCCCUAUGUCCUGGGAGGCACCACGGCGCACUGGGCCCGCUACGGUCAGAGCAAGCUGGCGAACGUGGUCUUCGCGCAGGAGCUGCAGCGCCGCAUCGCAGCCAAGGACCUCAAGAUCAAGUCCACGUCCGCCCACCCGGGCCUGGCGGCCACGAAUCUGCAGAUCACCACCCAGAAGGGCGGCGGCAUGAAGGAUGGCGCGGGGUUCCAGAAGGGGGGCCAGAGCUGCGCCGACGGGUCGUUGCCCUUGAUCAUGUCCGUGGCCCACCCCGCGGCCGUUGGUGGGGGCUACUACGGCCCGGCAGCGGGCCGCACCGGGCCUCCCAAGGAGGUGAAGAAUGCGAACAGCCUGGCCUACGACGAGAAGCUGGGAAAAGACUUGUGGGAGGCGUCCGAGAAGGCGGUGGGCGAGAAGUUUGAGGCUGCUACCAUGGGAGGAGAAGGUGGGUUCAAGGGCGGCUUCGGCGACAAGGGCAAAGGAAAAGGCAAGGGAAAGAAGGGAAAGGGCAAGGGAAAGGGCAAGGGCAAGCAGGAGGAGAAGCAAUGGGUGCCCAUGACCAAGCUGGGACGCUUGGUGAACGAUGGCAAGAUCACGAGCUUGGAGGACAUCUACCUGCACUCCCUGCCCAUUAAGGAACCUGAGAUCAUCGACCACUUCUACCCUCCUGGCUCCUUGAAGGAUGAGGUGCUUAAGAUCCACCCGGUGCAGAAGAUGACUUCUGCUGGUCAGACCAAUCGCUUUGUGUGCUACGUCCUGGUUGGUGACACGAACGGUCACAUCGGCCUGGGCUCCAAGUGCGCCAAGGAGGUUGCGACAGCCAUUCGGGGUGGCAUUAUUGCCGCAAAGCUCAAUCUGAUUCCGGUGCGUCGUGGUUUCUGGGGCAACAGGAUCGGCCUGCCUCACACCGUGCCGAUGAAGGUGCAUGGCAAGUGCGGCUCUGUGAGAGCGCGCCUCAUCCCAGCUCCUCGUGGUUCCGGCAUUGUCGGCUCUCCUGUCAUGAAGAAGAUGAUGGCCUUCGCCGGCAUUGCGGAUUGCUUCACCUGCUCCUGUGGCCACACCCGCACCACCGCCAACUUUGCCAAGGCCACGUUCGAGGCGCUGAAGGCCACGUAUGGAUACCUCACCCCAGACCUGUGGCGACCCACGCAGCAUGUGAAGCCACCUUUCCAGGAGUGGUCGGACCACCUGGCGCAGACCAAGCAGGUGUCAGCUAUGGGAGGAGAAGGUGGGUUCAAGGGCGGCUUCGGCGACAAGGGCAAAGGAAAAGGCAAGGGAAAGAAGGGAAAGGGCAAGGGAAAGGGCAAGGGCAAGCAGGAGGAGAAGCAAUGGGUGCCCAUGACCAAGCUGGGACGCUUGGUGAACGAUGGCAAGAUCACGAGCUUGGAGGACAUCUACCUGCACUCCCUGCCCAUUAAGGAACCUGAGAUCAUCGACCACUUCUACCCUCCUGGCUCCUUGAAGGAUGAGGUGCUUAAGAUCCACCCGGUGCAGAAGAUGACUUCUGCUGGUCAGACCAAUCGCUUUGUGUGCUACGUCCUGGUUGGUGACACGAACGGUCACAUCGGCCUGGGCUCCAAGUGCGCCAAGGAGGUUGCGACAGCCAUUCGGGGUGGCAUCAUUGCCGCAAAGCUCAAUCUGAUUCCGGUGCGUCGUGGUUUCUGGGGCAACAGGAUCGGCCUGCCUCACACCGUGCCGAUGAAGGUGCAUGGCAAGUGCGGCUCUGUGAGAGCGCGCCUCAUCCCAGCUCCUCGUGGUUCCGGCAUUGUCGGCUCUCCUGUCAUGAAGAAGAUGAUGGCCUUCGCCGGCAUUGCGGAUUGCUUCACCUGCUCCUGUGGCCACACCCGCACCACCGCCAACUUUGCCAAGGCCACGUUCGAGGCGCUGAAGGCCACCUAUGGAUACCUCACCCCAGACCUGUGGCGACCCACGCAGCAUGUGAAGCCACCUUUCCAGGAGUGGUCGGACCACCUGGCACAGACCAAGCAGCCGUGGGCUCCGAAGCGCGCGCGGCGAGUGCGGGCCUUCGGCGCCACGGAAGGUUUACCCAAUCCAAAGAUCCAUGCAAAGGCCGACCCGGCCCUCAUGCUGCUGAGGCAGCGUGCUCCUCGCGCAGCGACUGCCAAGGCCCAUGGCACGGCACGGCAUUUGCUGGGCCUGCUGCUCGUCCUUCAGCUCCAUGGGGCCGGCGCGGCGGAUAGGAACCACCGGCUGAUGCGCAAGAGCGACAGCGAGGCCUUGAAGCUCCAGGUCCUGGCCAAUGGCAGCAUCGAAGCCAUGCGGCAGCCGGUCGUGAUGAGCCCGUCCAUGUCCACUGGCGGAAUGUCCAUGGGCAAUGGUAUGAUGGGCAAUGGCAUGAUGGGCAAUGGCAUGACGGGCAAUGGUAUGAUGGGCGGCGGCGUGCAGGUGGUGGAGGCUACCACCACGGCGGCCACCACCACUGCCGCCACCACUGCGGCCACGACCGCUGCGGCCACGACCGCUGCGGCCACCACGGCCGCGGCGACGACCGUGGCAGCGACGACUGCGGAAGUGGAAGAAACGACCCAAGAGGAGGAGGAGGAGGAGCCGAAGCAUGCCAACCACAGCUCAAAUGCCUCGAAGGCGAAGGAGCACAUGGUAGUUGCCGCCGCCGCGCCGCCCGCGGAAGAUGAGGCUGAGGUCAUAGGAAACAAGGAGGCGGAAAGUGACAAGAGCAGCAUGAUGUGGAUGGUGGGCACAUUUCUGUUCCUGAUGAUCGUGGUGUGCUGCGUCGUCUCAUUCAUGAGAUGGAGGGACGGCGGGGCCAAGAAGGCCAGUGCAGGUCGGCGGGCCUCCACGGACGAGCGCAGGAAAUCCUUGGACUCACAGACGCUGAAUCGCAGCUACAAGAAGAACCUGAGAUCGUCCAAGCUGGAGCCUCCAGAGGCCGGGGAGAAGGAAGCCAAGGGCCAGGGCCACAGCGAGUCGAAGCGAAGUCUUUGGCCCGGGUCAAACUGCAUGUUCCGCCUGACGGUGAACUGGGACAUUUACCCGGCAGCCGACUCAAAUGGGGCAGAUCAAAUCUUGAUCGACCCCACAGAGGACAAGAUCGCCUGCCGGCCGACCGACCAGGCUCGGGGCCUGGCGCUCAGAAUGGACGGCUCGGGGGUUUUGGAGACGGACGGCGACGCCCCGCGGCGCUCUUCCUACCGCGAGAGGAGAAGCAAGUCGCAGUCGGCGGAGCGCAGCAGCCCUUCGGAAGGUGAAGCAAGAGGCUCCGUCAAGGGCUCGCCCCAGGCCCGCAGACCUGCAGAGGGGUCGCCCGCCGCCAGCCCGGAGCCAGGCGCCGAGGCGCACGGCUCCAAGGGGCCGCGGGCCUCCUCCUACCGAGCGCGGCGGGAGGCCAGCCGCAGCCGCGACGUGGAGCCCAAGGCGAAGGCCAAGGCGCGCCCAGCCGCGGGCCUCUCGGGAACUUCCGCCGAUGCGCAGGCCGAAGACCUCGACUUCUGA